AUGCUCAACUCCACAGAUGAACUGGAGUUUUCAAACAAAAGCAAUACCUCGAUCUCCCAACUCUCUUCUCUGGGACUGUCGGAUGACAGAGCAUCCUGCGGAAAAAGCCCACCUGGUGUGCCUGAAAAAUCUGGCUAUCCGGACUCCGUUUACGUUAUGGCAGCGAACAUUUUUCAGGGUAUUCGAAUCGAAAAAUCGCCAGAGAAAGUCUUAAUAAAGUAUGGGCAUGAACCCCUGCCGUCCUCUUCUGAUUCUGAGGAUGAAUCCUUUCGUCGUUUGUCCUAUGAGCUGGCUUUUAGUGCCCUGAAAUAUCAAGAUAUUUUGGAAACUAUAUUAAUAGACAGCUAUCUCUUCCCAAGUGCCACAAUACCAGAUCAUUUGAGCAGUCUUAUUAUCGUGAUGCUGUAUGAUUUCCAAGAUAGAAAAUUUCAAACUCGUGUUCUUUCUGAUGAUGAAGAGUCUAUAUCGGAAGUUCAGGAAGUAGAGAACCUUCUUAACAGUUUUAAGACAAAAUUGGCUGCGGCAUUGGCAAGAUGUCGAAUCAAACACGAUGCCCUUUCAAUUUACCACAUUCUACCAGAAACCGUUAGGAAACAGGAACUAAGGGCCUCCACUUUGCCACUUUAUGCUUGGAUAAAUACUUGUAAAAUCAGCCCUGAAGAAGUUUAUAAUAAUUUGAAGAAAAGAGGCUAUAAGGAAGUCAAAUCUGUAUUGCAUGUUAAUGACAAAGUCUUUGCUGUGGACCAACAUUGCUAUGAUGUCUUAAUUUUUCCAUCUCAUCUUAAAAAUGAUCUUAAAAAUAUAGAUCUUUUCAAAGAUUAUAAACUUAUUUUUCAGGACAAAUCUCGAAGUCUUGCUGUCCACUCUGUAAAGUCUUUAUUAAAUAUGGAUGAUGAUGUCUUAAUGGUCAAUACAGGCUCUUGGCACACAGUUGCCCAUAUGUCAAUCUUAACAAGUAAUAAUACCUCAAAAAUAUUUGUAUGUGGAGUACAGUCACAAGCUAAAGAUUUGGACUUCGUGAACCUUUUUGCAAAAAUGGGAUGUAAAAAUGUUGAAAUACUUCAUGAGACAUUCGUUAACAUUGAAUCAAAGGAUCACAGGUUACAGAAAGUUAAAGUGAUUCUGUUGCUGCCUCGCUGUUCAGGACUGGGUGUUAGUAAUCCAGUAGAGUUUAUCUUAAAUGAACAUGAAGAUACAGAUUUACUUAAAGAUCUCUCUCAAGGAGGCACGUCAGAAGAUAAGCUUCAUAUUCUUGCUCAACAGCAAUAUGAACAGCUAAGGCAUGCAAUGCGAUUUGCUAAAGCUCAAGCAGUUGUUUACUGCACGUGUUCAGUUUAUCCAGAAGAAAAUGAAACUGUUGUUAAUAAAGCACUGGAAUUUCAAGACCGUGGGAAUAAAGUGCAACCUUAUAGGCGUAGUCCUCCUGUUCUUCCUCUGUGCUCCUUAAAGGACAUACAUUUGUCUACCGAUAAAUUUUUCAGAAUGGAGCCAUCAGAAACUACCAACGGUUGCUUUCUUUCAGUUUUAACAAGGGAGCGGGACCCAUCUGAGGCAGUGUCUGUGAAAGAUGUUUUGGCCCGAGCUGCAGCCAAGGGUCUGCUGGAUGGGAUUGAGUUGGGUAAACCAUCCAAACGGGAGAAGAAGAAGAAAAAAUCUAAAACCUCAUUGCCGAAAGCUUCCAUUACUGAAGAGAAUGGCGUCCAGAUGAAAAUUGCGGAGUUCCUGACCCGAGAAACUAAACCCAGCGCUAGUGAAGAAGAACCAUUAACAAAACCAGCUCUUCCCCAGAAAAACACUGCUCAAGUGGGGGCUCCCUCACAGGUCAGAAAGCCCAGGAAGCCCUCCCCGAGUCCUUUAGUGCCUGCACUUACAAAGAACACACGUCCGCUCAGACUAUACGAACGGCAGACAAACUGCAUGAGACCUCGGCCAGAAGAGAAGAUGGUUCCUCUGAAGCCCAUCGAGAUUGUGUUGCCUCCAGUAAUGAUUCCACUUUCAACUUCCGAGGGGCUCAGAGCUCAUAUACCGACUUCACAUUUUUACUGUCGUUGGGUUGGACCCAAGACUCCGGUGACCAGCUACUUUCCCACACCAUCACUGUCCAGAAAAGGGGAAAAGCCUAAAGAUAACUUACCUUUCUCCCUACUCAGGCAUCCGCGGCCAUGGCUUUGA